UGCAGGCUAGCCUUCUGAACUGUCUCCAGAGAUGGCUUAUCUCACUUUGCUUUUGGCUAUUCUUCAUGUGCACAAAGCACUGUGUGAAGAAACCUUUUGGGACACAGCUGUUCAGCUCUCUGAGACUAUGACUCUGGAAUGUGUGUAUUCAUUUACGGAUAACUUAACCCAGGUGGAGUGGAGCAAGAUCAAUGGCACAGAGAAAGUGACCAUAGCUGUUUACAACCCUAGCCACCCUGUGCAUAUACAGCAUAACUACCUCCAUAGAGUGCACUUUCUGAACUCAACAGUGGGGUUCCACAAUAUGAGCCUUUCCUUUCACAAUGCCUCUGAAGAAGACAUCGGCACCUACUCAUGCUUGUUUCAUACUUUCCCACAUGGAUCUUGGGAAAAGAAGAUAAAGGUGGUCCAGUCAGAUAGUUUUGAGAUGGCUGCACCCUCAAAUGGCCAUCUGUAUGCAGAACCUGGACAAAAUGUUACACUCAGUUGCCAGCUUCAAAGGAAAUGGCCAGUGCAACAAGUCAUGUGGGAAAAAGUCCAGCCCCAUCAGGUAGACAUCUUAGCUUACUGUAACCUAUCUCAAAAGACAAGAUACACAUCACGGUACCAAAGGAAAACAUGGAGCAACUGCAGCAAGGGGAGCAUGCAGAGUGUCCUCAUCAUCCCCAGUGCCAAGGCUGCUGACUCUGGACUUUACAGAUGCCGCUCUGAGGCCAGCACAGGAGAAAAUGAAACCAUUGUCAUAAGGCUGAUCAUAACUGAUGGUGGAUCCAAUAACCAUUUUAUCCUUCCUGUUGCUGGAGGGUCAGUUUCCCUGUUGUUUGUUAUCCUGAUUAUAAUCAUCACGGUCAUGUUUUAUAACAGAAGGAGAAGGAGACAGGUGAGAACACCACUUAAAGAGCCCAGGGAUAAACAGAGUAAGGUAGCCACCAACUGCAGAAGUCCCACUUCUCCCAUCCAGUCUAUAGAUGAUGAGAAAGAGGACAUUUAUGUGAACUAUCCAACCUUCUCUCGAAGACCAAAACCAAGAUUCUAAGCUGUUCUUCUGGCCUGAGCACAUUAGUGAUAACUUCUAUGGCAUGGAUUUUCAGCCAUCCUCUUUUCAUCACCAGUAUAAAAUGUAUUCAUUUUAUUUUAUUUGCUAAAAAGAAAUACUUCAUCACCUGGGAAUAUUCUUAAUAGAGAUACAUUAGAGAAUCCAAAUCUAAUUAGCUCACAUACGCAAGAAAACUUGUCCCAUUGUGCAAUAGAACAGUCUAGAGAAGAUGAAGUGUCACAAGAUUUUCUUGUUGUAUUUGAAAUUAAUGGUGGGCAGAAGCUUGUCUCUAGAUCCUCUCUACAGUGUUGGUUCCAAUACUACUGGUCCAAUACUCUUGCUGCUUCCCUCAGAUGCUCCCAUGAUGAUUGCCAGUGACACUUGGUGGAAAGUUUACUGGUCAAACACAAGAAACAAAGUUCAUUAUUCACGUAUUAGUAAGAGGAUAGCAUUAUCGUAAAGGAUGAGAUGACUUAAGUCAGGUAUGGGUUCUCCUAUAAAAUAGGGGCGGCACUAAAGCAUUACGUGGGAAUUCCAAGUAUUGUUAAAAAGAAGGAUGAGAGGGGUCUAGAAGCUGAGGUAUUCCUAACAAACAUUGACUACAAAGACAUCACUUGUUAACCAGCUAACAAGUGAGUAUGCUGCAAGAUCAGCAUAAUUUAAAAAAAGUACAUGUAAAGGAAUGGCCAGGAAUGAGACAGGUGUGAAAUGUGUCUCUUCCCUUUCUAGGUUCAAAUAAAUUCAACUCCACUUCUAUAGAGAAUUCUUGCCAUCCACUGGGCCUAAUCUUCUAUAAAAUGAGAUGCUCCAAUAAGAAACAAUGCUUUUGAUAAUGUUUUUUUCAAUUUUAAGAAUUAUUUUAAUAUGUAAAUUUGUGAGUUAAAAAACUUGCAAAAUGAAUGCAUGAAAGAGAUCGGUGGUUGUAAUCAGACUGCUGUUGUUAUUUAAAUGCCUUCAUGUUAAUGUUAAGAAAAUAGAAUAUAGCUGGGCUGUGGUGGCACACACCUUUAAUCCCAGCACUUGGGAGGCAUAGCCAGGUGGAUCUCUGUGAGUUCGAGGCCAGCCUGGGCUACAGUGUGAGUUCCAGGAAAGGCGCAAAACUACACAGAGAAAUCCUGUCUUGAAAAACAAAAUAAAAAAACAGAAAGAAAAUAGAAUAUAAAUCUCUUUUUUCUCUUUUAUCCUUUCCCAUUUGUCUAUUAAUGAGGAUUGAGC